UUAUCCAUGAACAGUAUCCUCUUCGUAUCUUCCGAAGAUACCAGCUUCACCUACCUCGGAUUUCAAUCGGCAAAUCUAAGUCUUGACGGCAUAGCCGAUAUCACUUCAACUGGCCUUUUGAAGCUCACUAAUGACACCAAACAGCAAAUGGGUCAUGCUUUCUACCCCAAUCCAAUAACCUUCAAGAACUCGUCCAAUGGUGCCGUUUUCUCCUUCUCUACGACUUUCGUCUUCGCUAUCCUUUCUGGAGAUGUCCAUAGGAGCGGUCAUGGGCUUGCUUUCGUGAUUGCUCCAACAAGAGGUCUCCCUGGAGGUAUUCCAGCCCAGUUCCUUGGCAUUUUCAAUACGACAAACAAUGGUAAUCCCAAAAAUCAAGUCGUCGCCAUAGAGCUCGAUACAUUCAGGAGUGUCGAAUAUAAUGACAUCAAUGAUAACCAUGUUGGGAUUGAUAUAAAUGGGUUGAAGUCCGAGAAAUCUGCUUCCGCAGGAUAUUAUGCUGAUGAUAACAAUGGUGGGUUUAGGAACCUGAGCCUUAUAAGUGGCGAGCAAAUGCAAGUUUGGGUGGAAUACGAUGGUGUCGAGAAGCAAAUCAAUGUUACUUUAGCUCCACUUGAUGUCGGUAAGCCCAAAAUUCCGCUAUUGUCUUUGUCCUGCGAUCUUUCACCGAUCAUUAAAGACAACAUGUAUGUUGGCUUCUCGUCCUCAACGGGCAUGUUCCUAGCAAACCAUUAUGCUCCGGGUUGGAGCUUUAAGAUGAAUGGCCAGGCUCCAGAACUUCUCCUCUCUCAACUUCCCAAGCUACCUCCGAAAUUAGGAGGUUUAGAUAUAGAGAGAUCUAAAUUUUUGACAAUUGGGUUGCCUGUGAUAAUUGUUAGUUUAGUCUUGGUAGCAAUUUCAAUUUCAGGUGUAGUUUAUGUCAUAAGAAGGAAGAGGAAGUUUGAAGAAUUGCUGGAAGACUGGGAGCUUGAUUAUGGGCCUCAGAGAUUCAAAUACAAAGAUCUUUUUGUUGCCACGAAAGGAUUUAAGGAGAACGAGGUAUUGGGUAGAGGUGGAUUUGGUAAGGUGUAUAGAGGUGUACUACCUACCUCCAAAAUUGAGAUUGCGGUGAAGAGGGUCUCCCAUGAAUCAAGGCAGGGAAUGAAAGAAUUUGUUGCAGAAAUCGCGAGUUUGGGUCGGCUUCGCCACAGGAAUUUAGUACCACUCUUGGGGUAUUGCCGGCGAAAGAGAGAGCUGCUUUUGGUGUAUGACUACAUGCCCAAUGGAAGCCUAGACAAGUACCUCUUUCACCAACCUACCGUCACUUUGUGCUGGAGCCAAAGAUUUCGAGUAAUAAAAGGUGUGGCAUCGGGGCUGUUAUAUCUACACGAAGAAUGGGAGCAAGUUGUUGUUCACAGAGAUGUAAAGGCUAGUAACAUCAUGCUGGAUGGUGAACUGAAUGCUAGAUUAGGAGACUUCGGUCUUGCAAGAUUUUAUGACCAUGGAAGUGACCCUCAAACGACCCUCGUGGCCGGAACCAUUGGGUAUAUUGCGCCGGAGUUUGCUCGAAGCGGCAAGGCCACAACAAGCACCGAUGUGUUUGCCUUCGGGGCCUUUUUGCUUGAGGUUGCUUGUGGAAGAAGGCCAAUAGAGCCACGGGGGCCAACAGAAAAUAUCAUUUUGGUGGAUUGCUUGCUUUAUCACUGGAACCGAGGCGAAAUUCUUGAGGCAAGGGAUCCAAAUUUGGGUACAGAUUAUGUAGCAGAGGAAGUAGAGUUGGUAUUGAAACUUGGGUUGCUGUGUUCUAAUUCAGAGCCUGCAGCCAGGCCAAGCAUGCGCGAAGUUGUGCAAUUCUUAGAGAGGGGUGUUCAUUUUCCAGAGUUACCGUCGGUUGGUCUUUGUGCCAGCGGCUUAACGUUUGCCGUGUCUUCUCCGGCUCCAAUGGACAAUGCGUUCACGCCUUUGUCUUCCGUCACAGAUUCGCUUCUCUCGGGGAGUCUCUAA